AUUUAAAACUGAACACUGUCGUCAGCAAUUUCUGCAGUUUAACAACGAUUCGGUUCGACACAACAUUAAGUGUAUACAAGACAUAAAGGUUUGCUAGCAGUGGGUUAUAGUUACAUUUUACGCUAUCAUGGCCACCGACCACCUGAAAAAUGAACUAGAAUACCGCGUAAAGACAAUGGAAUAUAUGUUCGAUCACAAAGAUUGGACCGGUUUGAAAACUGUCUACACCCCUGACUGUAGGAGAAUGCGUAAUGGAAAAAUAUCUAAAGGUUUUCAGGAUACCCUCCAAUGGAUAAAGACAAUCAGGGAUGAGUUUGAGAUCGACGUCACCCUUGAUGAGUACGGCGUUAUAAUUGAGGACCAGUUGGCUUACAGCUUGAAUUCGUACACCAUGAGUAAAGACGGCGCUGUUAUCGGCAACGCCAAGCUGAUGAUUAUUUGGAAGAAGGUCGGAGGUAUAUAUUUAAUUGAUAUGGAGAACAGCAACUAUGUGUAUAUCGAGUAGGCUGUCCGCACACUGGGAUGAGGAUGGUAACGAUACAGAAAAAGUAAUGUAUCUUAAGAUGAAAUAAAUAUCACCCGUAAUAAUU